GAGACCGAUUCCAGUUUGGCAAACGCAUAUAGAUAAAUAUUGUGUUGACAGUGUUCCAUUGGGCAGUGUUGGGGAAAAGAAUGUUGUACUUUUCCCUUCAAAAAAGGGAUUUCGAGACUCUGAUUUAGGUCUUAAGUAUGACAUAUUUGCUUACAGAUUGUCAUUUUGCUAGAUUCGAUUCUGUUUAUUUCCAGGGAUCGCAACUUAAUAUUGAUACAAGAAAGAUUGAGGAUCGACUCUCCCUCUUGGACAAGAAAACGGACCAGUCCAACUCAGCUAAGCGAAAGCGUUCCUUAACGGCAUCUUUGGCAGAUUUCUUAUCCAACCUUCCUACUCCUCUUACAUUAUGUAGUUGCUCUCCUGAAGAUAUUAGGAAAUUUCUGGUUUGGAAAGAUGAGUUCGGGAAGACUAAGAUACAUACUGCUUCUUGUCCAUACAUUGGUAGUUCUGACUCUCGGAUUAAUUGUGCAUGCCCACUUCGCCUCGCUGCAGGGACUGUAGAAGGUGUGAUAAAUCUGUUAUGUAGAAUUUUUGAAGAUCAUGGGUUUGGUCGUUUUUGGGAUAGCAUGACGAUGCAAGGGAAUCCUGUAUGCUCCCCAAUUGUCAAGGAGUAUCUUACGCGAAUACGUGAGGAGCAAGCAAAGGCAAAUGUCCUUCCGAAACAGGCAAAACCUAUUUUCAUGAGUAAAUUGCGCUCUAUUGCUCGUUAUAUUGACAUGCAACUUGCAAGGUCAGAUAUAACAUCCCGGGAGAGAUAUGUUCUUUUAAGAGAUCAAGCUUGGUUUAAAUUGCAGUUCUUUGCUGGAGAUCGUGCGGGCGAUUUGUCGUUUUUAUUGUCACAACAGGUCAGAUCUCUUUCAGAUGGAUCUGGUCUCACAGUUACACAUACAUUUGGUAAAACUUUAAGGGGUAACAGGGGCAAGGUUAAUGAAUUUGUUGUGCCAAAAUGCGCUGAUACGCUAAUUUGCCCCGUUAAUGGUCUCAAUACGUAUGUAGCGUCUUCAAAGGCUAUGGGAGUAAAUCUCACCUUAGGAUACAUGUUUCGUAUUGUGUCUGACUCAGGGGUUGUUCUUGAUCAACAAGUGUCUUAUUCUGUGGUAUAUGAACGAAUGAGACACUACUUAACCGUUUUAGGUAUAUAUGAUGGUGAAACUCCACAUAGUUUUAGGGCAGGCUGUGCUGUAUCGUUGAAUGUUGCUGGGUGUAGUUCAGCUGAUAUAAUGGACCAUGUAGGUUGGUUUGGUUCCGAAAGUGCAGAAUAUUACAGUAGGCGAAAGUUAAUGCGUUCUUCAACUGUUGCAAAGCGUCUUGCCCGUGCUGUUGAUUUUUCUAACGAGGUGGAGGAUUUUUAUAAUUCCCAUGCUGACUAUGCAUCUUUACCACAUGCGUUUUUUGAACAUGUAUGAAUCUUUUUAUAUGUUAACACACAUACUUCUUCAUAAGGUUGAAUAUUUGUUAAAAGAAACUUAUUCCUUAUACCUGCCUUCUGUAAUUCGUUAUAGUGUAUGUGAUGUAAAUACCUGGAUGCGUUUAUUUCUGUACUUUAUGACGUAAACGUUUUGUUUGAAUUGUUUUUGCAGUAAAUAUUUGAUUAGCUGUGUGUACCUUACAUAUAUAUCUGAUACGUAAUAAAUUUGCUCAUCAUGUAAUAUGUUGCUGUUUAUCUUUUAUCUUAUUUAUUUACUAAUGCUGGAAUGAGUAUUGGGACAAAGGGAUGACGAUACUGUAGUGCAAAAGUCCUGUCAUGGGAAUCAAAUUGAGGAUAUAAAGGUCUGGAGUGUGGACGAAGGUUUCAUGUCGUGUAUUAGCCCAGUACUUAAUACUCAGGAAACACUCAAGAACUGACCUUUCUAGACACGAAACACUUAGGAUAUCCCCAGAUCCUCAGUGUUAUAGGUGGCGCUGAAAGGGCAGUGACGUCACUGAUCGUUCUGUGAACGUUAGGAUGCUAAGGAUUGGAGUCGAUAGGUUAUUCUUGUAGCGACUAAUUACUUAGUUUAACUAAUCAAUGCUAUAUACUGAUUUCCCACCCCUUCCCACCCAGUAAAGCGUUGGCUCUUGGUUUUCCUGUCGCGUAUUAGCCCAGUACUUAAUACUCAGGAAACACUCAAGAACUGACCUUU